AUGGGCUCAUUGAAGAAGGCCGCGUCCGACAUGACCAUCAAGCCGUACGCCAUGUCCACUCGAACAAACAGCUUCACAUACGAGCGACUCCAUAAGGGCAGACAACUACGAAAACUACUGAGAGCCUGUUUGACUCGAUGGGUCAUGACGCUGGCCCUCUGUGCCUCCAUAUACGCCUUGUUAUGGAGGUAUUCAACCAAAGAUGCCAUGCCAAAGAAAAUGAAGAAGGAGUUCAAUACCCUAAUUGUUGGUUUGUCCAUUAUGUUGAGUUUGAACCUCGCCAGUUCCUUGAAGCAUAUGGUGGCUAUCCUGCGAUGGUGGAUGUUGAGCUUGAAAGAAUGGCGGCCUCGAGAAGUCGAUCUCAUUCUCCAGAGCGAGAACAUCAGCCGCAUGGUUCGACUGAUGCCCAUCUCUCGACGGAAUUCACUCCGCUUCUAUGUCAUCACAUGGGUGCUUAUCAACAUGGCUGCUCAAAUUGGCCUCGCGUGCCUCGGUCUAACAUACAAUGUGAACGGCGCCGACAAACACGUACCUACGAUCAAUGGAACCGUCGCUGUUCCUGACUUGAGCCAUAUUCAGACAACUAGGGUCCUUGGAUCGAACCAACAGACACCAUCAAAACUGCAUGCUAUUAAUGCACUCCGGUUCACAGCUAACAGUUAUGGAGCGGCCAGCCUAACCAGCGGAGUCACGGCUCAAAAUGCAACAUUCAAGCCUAUACGUCCUGGAACGGUAUAUAAUCCCGACGUCAGCGCCGUGUACUGUAACAGCAUCAACGCGAACUGUUACUCGACAUUUUAUGAGGCAACACCGGAGAACCUCAAUUACUACAUAAUGGUAGCGACUAAUCGCUGGGUUGCCACCUCCUCGAACUGUAGCUCGUUCAAAGUUACCAAAGGUGGAGAUGGUUAUGCUGCAACCAUUACCAUAGAUGAUGCAAACAAGACAACAAUUGACAUACCUGCACGGAACGGCCCCGGCCAAACAACAUAUAUCGUAAAUCCAGCCAAAGACCAGCACGACGGAUGGAGCCUGGUUUCUGCAUUUGAGGCGUCCGGAAUCAACCCCUGGUUCUACAGGUGCAACAUCUCUGUUGGUCCAGUUGUCAAUGCCGUCACCAAGGAGCACAAACUCGGAAGAAACAUUACGCUUCUCGCCCCAGCAGCGAUUGCGCUGCAAGGUUAUGGAGGAUCUACGCCGACCAAUGCCACCGACCCCAUUCAAUUUCAAAGCUACCCAUCCGAGACCGUUUUCGGAUCGCCAGCCGGAGGCGACGGCUUGUCCAUGGGGUUGAUUUCUAGCAUUUUUGCGUCGGGUGUUAUCGUAACUACUACACAGGCUAACACAAACAUCAACGCGACUGGCCAACUACCUCUCCAGGGUAUCACACUCGACAUUGCCCAUUGGUCUUAUGUACACCUCAUUCUCGGUCUCAUCAUGGGCUUGCAGUUGCUCUUCGCAAUCAUUUCCAUCGUUUUAUCAAACCAAGUAAUGGUUAGAGACCACAGCCAUUUCGGUGAGGCGGCCCUCUUGCGACCCACCAUGUAUGAUCUGAGUUAUCGGGCUGUCAUGGCAAACGAAAAGGAAAUUGCGAGCUUAUUCCCUAAGACGGUGACGAUGAGAUAUGUUCCAGGGGAGGAUGGUACAUAUUACCUUCGCGUUAGAAAUGACCGUGCAUCAUGA